GCCCCGCCCACUGCAGGCGAAGGCACGAAGUCACGCUCUGAACUGACCAGCUGAAGCUCCACCCAGUUCAUGACGCACAGAACAUUACCCCGCCCACUACCCGGGCAAAGUCCCGCUGGGCCUGUUUCCGCUGUCUCCAGCAGAAUUCCGACAGAUGCGCUGAAAAUGAGUGUGCACGGUCUUGGCCCUUGGUAUGUGCUGGGCGUGGACAUUGGGACCACUUCCGUGAAGGUGGUGCUGUUGGAAGCUGAGAGCCACGCUGUAGUUGACAGUCAGACUCAGGAAACCAGAGCAGCGCUCAGCAGCCCUGAGGGGCAGCAGGCUCGGGAGCAGGAUGUCGGUAAGAUCGUGUCUGCCCUUCACUGCUGUGUCAUGGCACUGCCCAGAGAACGUCUCGGCAGAGUGGCAAGGAUCGGAGUCUCCGGACAGAUGCACGGAGUUGUGCUGUGGAACGAAGAAGGAUGCAAGUGGCAGGAGGUUGAAGCCGGCUUCACCUUCCAGCCUGGGGAGACGAGUCACCUGGUCACAUGGCAAGAUGGUCGGUGUCACAACGAUUUUCUCGCCUCACUCCCGCAGCCCGACUCCCACCUCACCCUCGCCUCUGGCUUCGGCUGUGCCACCCUUUUCUGGUACACGAGAAACAGACACCAGUUUCUGCAGAACUUUACUGCAGCAGGGACCAUCCAAGACUACGUUGUUGCUGCCCUGUGUGGGCUCAGGAAACCUCUGAUGUCUGCCCAGAAUGCUGCCAGCUGGGGGUAUUUUAAUACCAGAUGUGGCACUUGGAAUCUGCAAAUAUUGACAGAGUCAGGAUUCCCCACACGUUUGCUACCGGACAUCAUGGAAUCGGGUUCAGUGGCUGGAAAGACCAUUUGUGAAUGGUGCUGUGUGCCGGAGGGAACGGACGUUGGUGUGGCCCUGGGCGAUUUACAAUGCUCCGUAUACUGCUGCAUGGCCAACAAGACUGAUGCUGUUUUGAACAUCAGCACAUCUGCCCAGCUGUGCUUUGCCCUGCCACCCAACUUCCAGCCACCAGACUGUCCCAACACCACCAGCAGUGUCGCGUAUUUCCCAUACCUGGACGGGAUGUACCUGGCUGUAGCAGCAGCGCUCAACGGUGGGAAUGUCCUGUCCUCUUUUGUCAGCAUGUUGAAACAGUGGAUGCAGGAAUUUGGUCUGGAUGUCCCUGAUCCCACCAUCUACUCCCAGGCAAUAAACUCAGCGUUAAGCGUCGCCCACACUGACCUCGUGGUGGAGGCCACCGUGUUUGGAGAGAGGCACUUGCCGGGCCGGCUGGGCUGCGUCACCAACAUCUCCCCUUGCAACCUCUCGCUGGGCCACGUGAUCAGAGCGCUGUGCCGCGGCGUGGUGAACAACCUGCACUCCAUGCUGCCCGUCCAGUGGCUGGCUGAGUCUGGUGUGCGCAGGAUCGUGGGCAGUGGCAGUGCGCUGGCCAGGAAUCCGGUCCUGAAGCAGGAGCUGGAGAAGAUCUUCACGCUGCCCAUUGUGUACAGGGAGAUGGCCGACUCUGCGGUCGGCGUUGCCAUGGUGAUGCUUGACCGGGUGUAGUUGGUUCCUUGUUCAGUGGGAACGUGCUUCUGAACCUGCUGAUGGAGGAGAGGUUUCACAGGGGUUAUGUCCAAACAUCAAACUCAGCUGCCAUCACCCACCUUGCACAUCUGGGUAUAAAUGGCCACCAAGAGUUACCAGAUAUCAGGUACCAACCCAGACCCUCUUUCCUGGGUCCUUCAUGUGGUUUAAGACUAUGAGACAUCAAGUUUACUUCCACCUUUCCAUCAUGGCUGAUUUAUUAUCCCUCUCAGCCCUAUUCUCCUGCCUUCCCUUGUAACCUUUGAUACCCCGAUUAAUCAAGAAUCUAUCAACCUCUGCUUUAAAUACACCCAAUGACUUGGCUGCCACGGCUGUCUUUGGCAAUGAAUUCCAUAGAUUCACUACCCUCUAGCUAAAGAAAUUCCUCCUCAUCUCUGUUAAUCCCCAUAUUUCUACUUUGAGCCAUAAACAGGGACCACAGAAACAAUCUACAAGAUAUUCUUCGUUAUUUAAUUGUCCGUGUAAGGAAAAACAUUAUUUGCUACUUAACAAAUAAAAAAGUGCCGGAGA